AGAGACAAGGUUGACUGGGACGAGUCACUUCCAGACAAGCUCAAACAACAGUGGGAAGCAUGGUUGCAAGAUCUUCAAAAACUGUCUAAUGUAACAAUUAGAAGGUGCUUCAUACCAGCAAACUUCACAAAUGUCAUGCAGUACGAGCUUCACCACUUCUCCGACGCCAGCCUCAAAGCUUACGGGGAGUGCACUUAUCUCAGAGCAGUUAACACCAAUGGAGACGUCCACUGCUCACUAGUUAUGGGAAAGGCACGUGUUGCCCCCACAAAGAUAACUACAAUACCACGGCUUGAGUUAUCUGCAGCCGUGGUAGCAGCAAGAACAAGUGCCAUGCUCAGAAAUGAGCUUGAAAUAGAUAAUCUGCAAGAAUAUUUCUGGACUGACUCAAAGGUCAUUCUUGGAUAUAUAAACAACGAUGCCAGACGUUUCCAUGUGUUUGUAGCAAACAGAAUCCAAAGUAUCAAGUCUGUUACAGAUCCCAAGCAAUGGCACUUUGUAUGUUCAGAAAACAAUCCUGCGGAUUAUGCUUCGAGAGGCCUAACAGCAGAUCAGCUUGUGACUUCAAACUGGUUCACUGGACCAAACUUUCUGUGGAAAAGAGAGCUACCUUUAGGAGAUGGAAAGGUGGGAGAGGUCAACGACAAUGAUCCAGAACUUCGAAGGACUCAACACCAAGUUCUAAACACAAAGGCAGAGGAAGUUAGGACAUUGUUAGGCCGCCUGUCAAAGUUUUCUGAAUGGAGAAGAGCUGUUAAGGCCAUUGCUUGUCUUAAGCGCCUCGCUAAACACAUCAAGGGUCUCAAACCUAAACUAAAUGAAACUACAAGUGUUGAGGAAAGACAUGAAGCUGAACAGUUCAUAAUCAAGUUGGUCCAAAAAGAAGCAUUCAGCAGUGAAAUCUACAGUAUACAGCAAUGCAAAGAAGUAAAACCCAAAGACAAAGCAAACAAGCUCUACACAUUGAGUCCAUUUUUGGAUGAAAAUGGUGUUCUCAGGGUUGGAGGACGGUUGACAAGAUCGAGCCUCCAUCCUCAUGUUAAGCACCCUGCUAUACUGCCAAAAACAAGCCAUGUGUCCUCUUUACUUAUCAAGCACUACCAUGAGAAGGUGCACCAUCAAGGUAGAGGAAUAACUAUCAAUGAGUUGCGAUCCAAUGGAAUAUGGGUCAUUGGAUGCAGCAAUGCAGUUGCCUCACACAUCUACAAGUGUGUAUCAUGCAGAAGGUAUAGAAGGAGCACACAAGAUCCUAAGAUGGCAGAUUUGCCAGAAGAAAGGAUGGAAAUGACACCUCCUUUCACAUACUGUGGAAUAGACUGCUUUGGACCAUUCUAUGUGAAGGAAGCCAGAAAGGAGCUGAAGAAGUAUGGCCUUCUCUUUACUUGUAUGUGUUCCAGAGCCAUACAUAUUGAAAUGCUUGAUGACCUUACCACGGAUGCAUUUAUCAAUGCAUUGCGCACAUUUAUUGCAAUCCGCGGACAUGUCAGACAACUGAGAUGUGAUCAGGGGACCAACUUUGUUGGAGCUAAAAGAGAGUUCCUGAAUGCAAUGAAGGACUUGAACCAUGAACAGUUGAAGACACAUGGAUGUGAGUUCAUAAUGAAUGUCCCAUCAUCAAGCCAUAUGGGAGGUGUAUGGGAGAGACAAAUAAGAACAAUAAGAAAUGUCCUAACAGGAAUCCUUGAUCAGUCUGCUAAGAGACUUGACAGUACUUCACUGAGAACUUUCCUAUAUGAAGUGAUGGCCAUUGUGAACAGCAGACCUCUGACUACAGAGCACUUAAAUGAUCCAAGAAGUCUUGAACCUCUUACGCCAAAUCACAUUCUCAUGAUGAAGUCUGACAUAAUAGCACCCCCUCCUGGUCAGUUUGUAAGUCAGGAUCUAUACCUCCGCAAGAGAUGGCGCCAAGUGCAAUUCUUGUCAAACGAAUUCUGGACAAGGUGGAGGAAGGAGUAUCUCCUUAAUCUUCAGCAAAGACUAAUAUGGCAAAAGGAGAGGAGAAAUACUAAGGUUAAUGACAUAGUUAUCCUUCAAGAGGACAAUUCUCCACGAAACCAAUGGAGAUUGGCUAAAGUGACAGAAGUGUACCCAAGCACUGACGAAAGGGUCAGAAAGGUCAAACUGUUGAUUAGUGACUCUACCUUAGAUGGUCAGGGAAAGCGCACUUCUAAGCCAGUCUAUCUUGAUAGACCUGUGCAAAAGAUUGUUGUAUUGCUUGAAGCAGAGUCCUAGAUGAUGUGAAGUGGCACAGAUGAUCAUAAAUACUUAUAUGUAGUUUAUGUAAACUUGCACUUAAGUACUUUAAGUUCUUUGUAAGUACUUUAAACUGUGUUAAAGUAAUGUUUAAAAGAAGAAAAUCACAAAAUAGUGAUUUGGUGGGAGUUUAACUGCCAUAAAUAUAGUUUACGUCAUUUGUUUGUUCUGUUUUGUUAAAAUAUUUAUUUCUUUAUUUAAUUAAUAUUUUUUAUUGUAGUCAUGGAGUAGGAACUAAGUUACGACCUGUGUUGCACACGGACUUUAUGUUAAUGCUGUUAGUCUACACUGGACACAUGCGAGUCUGCAGAAGUUCCUCAAACUCCGUUAAGGGAGUAAAAGAAAGUUAAAAGACGGUUCAAGGUGACACUACAUCACACGUACAGAUGUUUCUGUGGCAACUCAUUCCCUCUUGGUUGUGUGCAGCCAGCGAGUUCGACGGUGGAAUAAGAGGAGUAAAGUGCAAGCCCAAAGAGUUCCAUUAAAUCCAUCAGUGACUGAAGAACUAAAGUGUUGUGUAUUUCCUGGAGGGAG